GACUGCGAACCGCAGCCCGGAGAGCAGGCCGAAGUGUUGAGCCCCGCGGACGAGCAGCCGCAGUACAUCUACCCCAACGGCUACGUGGACGGAGUCAUCUACGUCAACGGUGGCUACGAGUGGUACGACCCGUACGGAAACGUGACGGUGGUGGUGGGGCCCGCGCCGCCGUUCGCGGGACCCGGCGGCGGCGCGUCGGUGCUGGCGGCCGUGCCGUGCCAGCCGCUGCCGCUACAGCCCAUAGAGUGGUUCAACCCUGCGUACGGCGUGCCCUACGUGGCGCCCGCGCUGCCGCACUGCCCGCGCGAGCGCGACCGGCGGAAGCGCUGCUCGGCGGACUCCCAGCCGCAUCCCCCGCCUCAGCCGCAAGCUUACAUGUACCCGGGUGCCUAUAUGUUCGGUCAGCCCAUCUACAGCAUGAAUGGAAUAACGGUACAAAGUACCCCCCAAUUGCCUCAAAACACAGAUAACUCAGGGUCCAAACGGCGUAAGAAGAAGCGCAGAAGGAGGCGACGACGUGGAGGGGUUGAUGAUGGCUCUGAAGAAACAAGUUCUGAUGAAAAGGAUUUAGAGGAGCCUGCAAGCCUAACAAGUCAAGAAUCUUCUCAAGAAGUUGAAUCUGAUUCUAAGAACAGUGCAGGAAGUGCGAGUUGUCCUACAAUUGUUGGAUGUCCAGAGCUUCCAGAAAGAACACCAGAAUCCCCAUCAUCGUCUCCAUCCCUUUCUCCAUCGUUAUCCCCUUCACCAUCACCAUCUAAUACAACAGAAGAUAAGACUGCUUUGCCCAAAGUAAAUUGUGAAGACACCAAAACACAGCAGGAGAAAAUAAAUGUAAGAUCUGAAGGUACCACUGAAAACGCAGAGACAUUGGAAACUAAAACAUCAUUACAGGGUGCUGACUUGUCUUGUAUUCCAAAUUUCGAUGUUCAUAAACUAAAUGAAACAAAUCUCCAAACACCAACUAUUAUUCAAAAUGGUGAUUCUAAUGAUGGCCCAGUAUUAGUGAUAGAUGCUUCUAAAACAAAUGGAAAUUGUCCUGUAGUUGGUGGCAAAUCUUUUGAACUAGACAAUAAUUUACCUGUAACAAAUAGUUUUUCAGUGUCUGCUUGUGGGGACUCAGAGGUAGUGAAUAGUGCUGGAUUUACAAACGAGUGUGUUACUAAAAAUAAUGUACCAAUUUCAAAACAAAAAUCCAAAGGAAAAAAGGGAUUAAAAAAUAAUAAGCAAAAAGCUCAAUUUCCUAUUCAAAAUGGUUUUUCAGAAGUGCAAAUAAAUGAACAUUCUUCAAAAUCUCACGGCACUCCUACAGAAAUGGAUGGAAAUGAGACUGGAGGCUUGGCAGAGGAUAAAAGUCCUUCCAUUUCAAGACAACCACAAUUAACAUCAAAACAGGAUAAUGAUUUUAAGAGUGAAAGUGAAACUUCUUCAGGAAGUACAUUACACUUGGAUAAUAAUAUAACUAAAAACAAAGUAGAUUUGCAUUCUCAUUCACCUGAAGCUCCCAAAAAACCUGUGAGAACACAUCACCAAAAUCGGCAGCAACCGAAAUCACAGGUAGCUUCAACUCAGCAGCAGCAACAAGAAGAUGAGAGUUUAAAUUUUUCCUCUGUUAUACAAACAGGCAGUGAGACUAUAGGAGAAACAAAUCUAACCCAUCCUGCUGCUGUACUUCAGUCAGAUUCAAAAACAAAUACUGAUGUUCCUGUGACAGUUGUGCCUGUAUCUGAAUCAAAACCAUCUGAAACAGAACUGGAAAACUCUGAAAUUAAUUUUAAUAAACGUGAUAUUAUUGAAAGUGAUUUGCUUAAUAAUAAGCAAUCUGUUCAGCUUGAGAGAGCUGUUUGUGAAGAAAAAUUUAAUGCUCACGCAGAGAAAGACACUGAAGCUGCAAGUCAAGAACAUAAAGAAUUGCCCAAUAAAGAAACUCCUAUUACUUCUCAAGAUGAACAAAAGAUUUUUAGUAAAUUACCCAGUACAGGUGAUUUGAGUACAACAGAAACUCAAAAAGGCAUUGAGAGCUGUGAUACUAAUGAGAAUAAUAAAAAUGAUGCUCAGAAGUCUCUAUCUAGUGUCCCUGAGUGGGCUACAUCAACACCCCCUAUUCCUCCACCAAGGCGCAAAAAAUGGCAACCAAAGAGUUCUGUUGAACGUCCUCCUACUCCUGGAAGAGAAUUAGAAGUAAAGAAACGGGGAGAAAUUGUUGACGAUAGUUCCAGUAGCUCAAGUCGUGAAAGUGAGGAAUCUGUAAUAGAUCUUCUGUCAUCUAGUCCUAAUGAUAAAUCAAAAGAUACUAAAGAAUUCCUGCAUGAAAUUAGAUAUGUAAAAUCUGAUACAAAUAUAACUACCAAAACUCUUACAGGCUUGGGUGCAUCACCACGUACUGAAUCACAUAAAGAACUUGUGCAAAAUAUAAAAUUGUCAAAAGGAAGGGGUGAAGCAAGAGUACAUGAAUUAAUUGAUGAGCAUGCCUCGAAACCAGAUGAAUCCAUAUGCAUUUCUAAAAAAUCUAUACAGAUUUCUAAAGGGGACCAAUCUCGAAACAAACAAUCUGAACUUAAAAGUGGAUUACUUAGAGAGGAAACUAUUUCUAAUGUUGGCACACACAACAUUCAUGUAGACACAACAGAUAAAGCAGCUAAAACAUAUGCUGAUGAUUUGGCAUGUCAAGUAUUAGAUGAAGGCCUAUCAAGUGCUGCUACCUGUAUAAAUAAAACAUACCAGACACAGUCUCUCUCACUUACAGAAGCAGUAACACAAUGGCUUCAUAGCCAAGAUUCAGAAGAAGUUUUACAGGUACCUCAGUUACUAGAUUCUGAGAGUGAUAUUGAAGAUGUAGAAGAAGCAAGUGAAGAAGAAAUUCAAAUGACCGGUCCAAAAAACGUGUAUCGCAACCCUUUACUUGCACCAUCAUGUGAAGCAGAAAACAUACGUGAUGAUGCAGGUAUAAGGGUUGCGAAUCUUGAAAACAAAAAUACUCUAAUUAUACAGGAAGAAAUUGAUACGCUGGAAGUGAAUGUGUUACCCGGUUCAGAAUCUAUGAAAAAUUCAAUUUUCAGUGAAAAUCUUGUAAACGAAUUAGAAAAUCAAUAUUUGAUUGAACCUAAAAAACAAAGUUGUGAAAUCAUUAAUGAUAAAUUGAGUAGUAGUGUAAGCAGUUCAAAUUGUACACUAAUGCAAAAAGAUGAAGAAAAGAAUAUGUUGGAAAAGUCAGACACGAAGGAUAGUAGACCAGAUACCCAAGGCCCCAGAUCCGAAGAGUGGGAUAGUUUUACAAGCGAGUCAGUAGAAUACGAUGCUGAUUGGGAGUGUGAUCCUGUACCAUUCAAAAAUUCAUCUCAAGUAUUCACUAGAGAAGAUGAAGAUUCUAAUUUAUCCCUGGAAUCCACUGAUGAUAAAUGUUCUUACAUGUGUGACCCCAGUCUUUCUGUUGCAAAGUACUACAGGCUUGGCCCACCUCCAGAACGGGAAAUUAAUGUCAAGGAUGAAGCAAGUGAUAUUGAUUCAGGCAAGGAUGAUGCUAAUGAUGAUGAGGGAAUGGAUGCUUUAAUACAUUUUAGAAAUGAAUUGGAAGAGUAUUCCCAAGAAGGAGUAAGUUCUUUUUCUCAAAGGUUGCCAAUGGGCAGCCAACCAGUGUGUCCUACAAGGAAUAAAGUAGAGGAAGAAAUACUUCCUCGUAAAAAGAGUGAGGAAAUUUAUGAUUUAUCGUAUGAUGGUUUCACUUCUGAUAGUGGUAUACACUCAGAAGAAUCAUGUAAUGAAGAUAGUCAUAGGGCAAGUAAUAGUUCAAAAUCCAUAACUGAGGCAUUUCAACAUCAUGUUCAUAAGUCAGCUAUUCUUCUCAGCCACUUAGGAGCUGAAGGUCCUUUUCCUUGUGGUGGAAUCUGCUGCAUAUUACAAUGACAAAAGCGGAUAUUUUUCUUAUUUCAAGAAGAUACCCAAAUUGAAGGGUGUACGUGUUCAAUGGUAUUCCAAAAUGACUUAACUGGCAGAGUUGGUACAUGAAUUGUUCAAUAAUAAAGAGAGAAAAUCACCAUCUUCUUGUUUUAUUGUUGUAAAAAUUUGAAAUGUUAUGAAAUUUGUAACUUUGUCGUUGUUAAGUUUGAUCAGCUAUAAACUGUCAAUAAAAUAAUGAAAGACUGCUAAGCAAUAUAUGCAUAUGUAGAAAGUGGGUAUGUUGUUAUUUUAAACAUGUAUAUAUGCAUGCAUCUUUCUCUAAAAAUGUGAAGCUGUUAUUAUGCAAAUGGGCAUAUAGUGACUAAAAUAUGAAAUUGUGAGAGCGUAAACACGAGUAUUAACUCGUGAAAUACUGUUUGUUAAUGUAGUCUUUAAAAUGUUAAUAUAAUAUAUUUUCAAUUUCAUUUUAUUAUCAAGAUUGUUAAAAAUGCUUUUUUUAAAUGAUGAAAAGAAGCUAUUUUCAAAAUAUUGUUCCAUGCAUUUAACGAUAUUGCUGAAAAUGCAAACAAAUGUCAUCCACUUUUUUUUAAAAAAGCACAUUAUCAUUUUACAGUGGUUACUGUUAUAAUAGAGCAUACCUACUUGUGUAAACAAGUGAUUACAAAUGGAACAAAAGAAAGUGUGUUACUGCGAUAGUAUAUGUGUGUUUAACCAUGUUGCAAAGAUGUUUUUGUUAAGUUUUGCAGUUCAUAAAGUUAUCUUAGAUUUAUGUCAAGACAUACUCAAGGCCAAAUGAUCAACACUUAGAGAUUGCUAAUUUUGAAAAAGUCAAAAUAUUAUUUAAUUACUUGAAAAGCAUGCAAAUUGAAUAUUUCUAGAACAGUCAUUUUUCUUCUCUAUUUUCACUAGAGGUGGCCAAUAUUGUGGUUUGUUCUUUUUUGUCUAGUUUAUAAAUGUAUUAAAGAAUAAAAUGUAGUUGAUUGCAACCAUAAAUACUGGUAGACUGCACAUAUUAUCAUUAAAUUAAUUUGGUACUUUGGUAUAAAAGAAAUAAAGAUGGUUCAUUUGAGCUCAAAGUUGUUUAUGUACUGGUAGAUGGAUAUGCUUGUUGAAACAGUAUUAAUGAAGUGUUAAAAUUAAAAUAAGACAGAGAUAUGAAAGGUGUCAAGGAGUAUACUUGCCAAAAUUGUCUCUACAUGAAAGUUGUUUGUGUUUUUUUUUUUUUCAAAUACAAAAUUAAAUUACAAAAGGAUAUAGUUUGUGUUCUCCCCUUUUCUUCCUUGUUCAUGAACCUUGAUUUUAACAUGCAAAUCAAAGUCAUUGCUUCUGGAAGUAGUGCUUGGUGCUCAGUCGUGUAGUGUUCAAAGCUUAAUGAAAUCUAACAUAGUUUGAGUAUUUUGAAGUACCAAAUUAAGUGCUAGAUGAAAACUUUUAACAAGUAAAGGAAACACUAAAACGUAUCUUCAGCUAGACAAUUAAAUAAAUCAAUAAGUAAAGUAUCUGUUUAAUCUUUAAAUAUUUUGUAGCUGAAGUAACUGCAGAGGACAACUGCAGCACUUCCUCUUAACUGGCAGUUCAUUGAUAUAUUGAGAGAAUGAACAUAAAUAGAAUGAUUUGAUAGGAUUAACUCAAUUUGAAAAGAACAUUAUAUGGGUUCUUGAGGUUUCUAGAAAUAGAGCAGAAGGAUUAUGUAAAAAAAAAAAAAUUAGGAAAUCAAUUGCAGUUAAACAAUUUAAUUUUAUGAUAUUGGAACAGACUCUGAGACAUAUGUAUAUUGGCAUGGCCACCUUUAUGAAAGUAUAUAGGCCUAUUUUGAUUUUCUAGCCUCCUGGUUCAUAUUUAAAUGGCGCAAAAUAGACCUUCACUUUGUGAUUUAUCGAAUGGGAUCUGCAAAUAAUUCAUGUACUUUUGUCUUGUACUAUUAUGAUGCAAUGUGACAAAACUCGCUAUAAUUUAUGAUAUAAACAAACAAUAUACUAUUUGUAGAUGUAUGUCAGAGUGUGAUUAAAGUCUGUCCGUCUGUUAGUGGUAAGAUUGUUACUGCGAAGAGUGUUUGUCACCUUUUUUAUAGUACCAAAUUUUUAAAUGCACAAUAAAGCACAUACUAGCGAUAAGUAAGAAACAGAAAAGACAUGAAACACCUUAGAAAUAUAUUGUGAUUCUCAUCGCAAAGUGAAGGUACUAGGCACAUAACAUAUGUAAUCGUUAUCAGUAUAGAUGUAUGAAAUAGAAAAAUGUAUAUCUUUAAGAGUAAGAAAAGUGCAUACCAUUUUCUGGACAUGGUGCUUCAAAUGUGAAAUAUGGUACUUAAAGUGUGCAGUGUUAUGAGAAAAAAGUGUUUUGUUUGUAUAUAUUUGUUGUCUACUUUUUGAUUAACUCAAAUGGUGUAUGUGAAGGAAAUGUUCCAGAAAUAAGAGCAAUCAUUAGCAUUUACUAUUAAUUUUAUUGUUACUAUCUGUGAAAGCUCUCUGUCAUGCUAAAGAAAAUAACUCAGUCCUUAUUUCAGUUUACAAUAUCAACCAAUGUUUGCCAAGCCCCCUCCUGUAUAAUCAUGUACUUCAUUUUUGAGGGACAUGAUAUACACUGCAUUGUAUGUGAAAUGAAGCCUUCCUUUAAUGACAGACAUAUCUCAUUGUUCAUGAAUUUUAAUGAAAUUCCAUUGAUUCAGAGCAGAACUAGCCAGGUCCUUUUUAUAAGCUACAUGAAAAAAGAUCUUGACUGCAAGCAUUAAUCAGUUGUAAGAAAUAAGACUGACGGAAGAAACAUAAGAACAGGCUACUUGUAUCGGGUGCUUUAUAGUUGUUAGAACUAUUCUAAUAAUUGCCUUGAAGAUUAAGAAAAGCAGCAAAACAUCCAGUCAUUAAUUGCAGUCAUAUGAUAUAAUUCUUGGAAGAUAAAAUUGCAAGGCGUAUAAACAAGCACCCACAGGUAUUCAAAACAUUAUUCAUUUCCAAACUAUGUAGAAGACGAAUUAUCAAAAUGCACUAUUUGCAAAAUAAAUAAAUGUGAUAAUAUUCUCUGUUGAACAAGAUCAUUACCUGAAUCAGUGUCAGAUUCAGGGUUGCACUUGUAGAAAUAUUCAGAAUGCUAAUGGGAACAGUUCUUUAUUGCUAUUGUUAUUGUUGUGUAAUUGUUGUGCACACAUUUCAUUAAAAAAAUGUUUAAAAAAUUUAAUUUGUCUACUUACCAGGAGUAUUAAGAUUAUAACCUUUUACAAUACUUCUACGUAAUAUUAUCUCCCUCCAUUUUCACCUUCAGUUUCUGAAAAAUGUUGUUCAAAUAUGUAUUUCUAGGAAUCAAUCACAUUUUCUUUUUAUUAUUUUAGUUACAUGUAUAAAAGUGCAGAAGUACUGGUCUUGCUGAACAAAAUUAAAAUUGAGUGUUUAAAUUAAUCUCUCAAGUAGUUACUACUUGAAAUUCACUAGUAAUAAAAUCCCAAAAUAAACCAUUAUGAAUUUACAAUUCCGAACAGAUUUUCCAAAUGUUAAUUUCCCGUUUAUAUAUAACAUAAGUUGCAGACUCCAAAUAUUACCCUCAAAAUCCUGCCUGUGGUUGGGGCCUUUUUUCUCUAAGACAGACAUUGGCUAAUUCUACUCCAAUCCAGUCAUAUUUUCUUGGUACCAGUAUAUUGCUCUCCACUGGGGCUGUCAUCCUCAACUAAAAUGUAUUUUAUGUUCUUAAUACUGGUUUUGUUGAUAAAAUGUUUUAAAUUUUAGAGAAGAAGUGUCCAAUUAAUGGUAUAAAAUUAGGAUUUAAUAAGAGAAAAUAUAUCAGUGUUUUAGAUUGCUGGACAGUUCUAUAUUUAAAAAAGUCUUUUAAUUCCUUUCAAAAUAAUUUGCGCACUGCUAGUCAUCAAAUGUCCAUAAAUGUCAUUUUAGUUAAUGUUUCCAUAUUAUUAAUUUAGCAAUAGAUAUCAUGUGUCUUAAUAAUAAUGGGUACUCUUUUGCUUCAGAAUUGGAAUUCAAGUACAUGGAAGUGGUGCUUUCUUGCUGCCAAAUUAUAUAUUAAAGAAUUCAUUCUUAAGCACAAAGUAUGGGUCUGAAUAUUUAGUGCUGGUAUGUGUUUUAGCUUACUCCCUUCAAGUUGUCAGUAUUUCACAAAUUUUGAAAGAUCAUUAAAGAUGUAUUUUUUAAAACAAUCUGUGCCUUAGCAAUUGCAGAAUGGAUUGAUUGCAGAUUUUAGUUGCAUGGAAAAAUAAGAGUUGAGAUUUUAAUAUAAUUCUUGAUACAUAUCAAGAAAUGUACAUUGAGUUAACAUCAAUAAUUUGUGAAGUAAAUUGAUGCAGUGAUGGCUGAAAUGUUUGUUUCAUUUUGUCUCCUUUUCUGUGAAGCAAUGUAUACAUAUUUUGAGUAUUAAUGGACAGAGAUGUAAGGGUAUACAUUUUUAAGAAUUCAGUUCAAAGCAUUGCUGUGUCUAAUUUUAUGUACCAGCAAUGAAUCUCUGUUGUCUAUCAACUCAUCUCUUCUUUCAAUGUGUCAUUAUGCUUUGCAAUAAAAAUACUUCUUGUUACUAGAACUUCACUACAGUAUUUGUUGUAUUAGGAUUACUAGCCUAAUGAUUGCACAAACAAUUUUUGUGAAUUAAUUUCUUUGGGUUUUUGAUAUCUCAUAAAAUACAUGUAAUGCUAAUUGUGUCACCAAUAUGCUGCUAAUUGUUCAAAUGUUGCAACUGUCUUUGAUCUUGAUAUUCUACAACUUCAACACAUUAAUCCCAGAAUUUGGUAUAUUUUGCUGUUAUUCUUUAUUUAUGCAUUGGGUGAACCAUUAUGUAGGCCUAUGGUAUCUUUGUACUUUUGGUGACAUUAGUAGAAAUGACAUGGAAGUGCUUUUUAUGAGGAAUUCAUAAUCAUUGAUACACAUAAUAGGGCAUUUUUGUCCUUGAUCAAAAUUUGUAUGUGAUAAGGGCUGUCAUUGUACCACUCACAUCCCCCAAAAUAUAUUGAACAUUAAUAAGGAGGAGUAUAUUAUUGUAGUGAAACUGAAAUUCCAACACCUUUAACUUCCUUUACUUAGUCUCCUUCACCAGGUGUAAAAGUGUGUUCAACAGAUUUUCAUAUUUCUACCAGAAGAGAGAAUGUAAAAACAAAACUGCAUUAUAAUUUUUGAGAGAUUGGUGCCCUUUAUUUAAUGAAUAAAUAGACCAGUGUUGUCAUAGGUAAUACCACAAAUGCUUUGGAAAUUGUUGAUGAACUCCCGACAUGCAAAAUAAGGAGGGGAUUUAUCUGAGAAUUUCCGAAGCACAAGUGGUAUUUAACAGGACUAUUCCACAAGUGAAAUUGUCCAACAGAGUUCCAAAAUGCAC